GUUUAAUCGGUUAAAUUAUUUUCGAUUAAAUCAACUAAAGUAACCACGAAAAGCCGGAAAAAUUAAAUAAAUUUCUUACAAAUGAGAUUUUGAGUGUUUUAAAGGAGAAAUGGGUGUUGUUUGUGUGUACACAUUCCCUGUGCCAGAGGGGAAAAGCGGACAGCAGGUAGUCGAUUCACUACAGAGACAGUUGGAGUUACUGGGGGCCGUUAAAACGGCAAACUUCAGUGUAGACUGUGAAACUUACCAGUCAAAUAAUCCAACAGGUGCUGCCCAGAGAAUACUUCAUGUCCUACACAACAGUGAACAGCCUGCCUCAUGUUUCGCUAUUCUAGACAACGGGACCACGCUUGUGGCGGAUGUGCUUUUUGAGGUACUGGUUGCCAAACUUACCCAAUCCAAGUCGGGAAAAGACGGCUACUAUGAGAGAAGAAAGGGGUUAAAAAUCGAGUCGAAGGGUCCCAGGUUUGAGCUCAGUGACUUUAUAGUGAAGAUUGGCUCAGUCUCCAUGGCAUCUAACUUCAAAGGAAUAUUGGUUGAGGUCGAGUAUUGCCCGUGUGCAAUUCCUGGCGAGUGCUGGGAGCUUAUGAAGGAGAUGAUGCAGAGUUUUAUGGGUACUGUUGUGGAAAACCCUCCAAUGGCUGUGAAAAACAAAAAGGAUCAGUUUUAUACACCCUCUGACACUGUUGCCCAGUAUUUGGAACAUUUCAAUAACUUUCGUAAAGCUGUGGUAAACCAGUCGCCAAGGUAACACCUAGAAACUGUGGUAAACCAGUCACCAAGGUAUCACCUAGAAACUGUGGUAAACCAGUCACCAAAGUAACAUCUAAAAAAUGUGGUAAACCAGUCGCCAAGGUAACAUCUGGAAAUUGUGGUAAACCAGUCACCAAGGUAACAUCUGGAAAUUGUGGUAAACUUGUCACCAAGGUAACAUCUAGAUAUAUUGUGUUUCACCUGUCACAAGGUAACAUCUAGAAUUUUUUGGUAAACCAGUCGUCAAUGACUGUAACAUCUAGAAACUGUGGUAAACCAGUCACCAAAGUAACAUUUAAAAAUUGUAGUAAACCAGUCACCAAUGACUGUAACAUCUAUAAAUUGUGUUGCGCCAGUCUCCAAGGUAACAUCUAUUAAUUGUGUUACAACUGUCUCGAAUGGAACUUCUUGGAAUUGUGGUAAACCAGUCACCAGGGACACAUCUAGAUCGGUUUCAUUUAGGUUAUGAACAUUGUGGAAUAAUGGUGUUUUUGUGUUGAAAGGUUUAUUUCCUUUUUAUGUAUUGGUAAAUAUGGUGUUUUCAGUUAUGAGAAAGAAGGAUUUUCAAUGAUGAUGAAGCACUUUGUAAUGUGUAUGGAAAUUCAAGUUUGGUGAAAGUGGAGAAAUGUGCAACUUUAAAUGCUAUGGGGGUAAUGGCUACAUAAUAUUCAGAAGAAUACAAAUAUACAAAUAAAAUACAAAUGUGUUAUUAUUGUAUUAAGAUCAAUGCGCAUGUAUUUAUUUUUGUAACCUCCAAAAACGAAGAUUUACAAAUAUCACAAGAAGUGGUGUACUUUUUGCUGAGUAAUUUUGGCAUUCGUAAUAUUUCUGCGACAUGUUUGAUUGAUCACUUUGCCUCAAUGUUUGGUUAAAUAAUACAUAAAGGUUAAUUUAUGGAAAAUGUGACAUGCAUUAGGUGCAGUUGUGUAAAGUCAGACCAUCAACAUUGGAAAUGAUCAUUGUAUAUACAAGACAUCACACGGAUCAAGCAUGAUAAUUUACAUCACAUCAAACUACCCUGAUUCCGAUGAGAGAUUCACUGGUCAGGUUAUAAUCCUGGAGAAACUUAUGCACAUGUACUUAAAUAUAUUUUUGUUUUGAAAGAAGUAUCAUUAUCAUAAUCCAAUUUAAGCCUCAUAAUCAUUGUAUUCAUAACAUCAUAUACCAUAUCGGUUUAUAGGGAAGUAAACUCUUGUUUUCUUAUAAUUAUUGAGUAUUGUAUUUAUUAUAUGUAUACAACUGUGUUUUGAGUUUGUGUUAUUCCUUGCCUAUUCUUAACUUGUAUUUCGUUUACAUGGAUAAAAAGGGAUGACCAAACCAUGUUAUAAUCAAUUAUAUUUCGUUAACAUGCACAAAAAGGAAUGACCCACGUCAUAUUGAAAUCAAAGUCAUGGUUCCUUUACAUGGAUUAAAAUCAAUGUACCACACCAUUUGCAUUCAAAGUUAUGGUUCCUUUACAUUGAUAAAAUCAAUGUACCGCACCAUUUGCAUUUUCAAAGUUGUGUUUCGUUUACUUUGAUAAAAUCAAUGUACCGCACCAUUUGCAUUUUCAAUGUUGUGUUUCGUUUGCAAGAAUAAAAUCAAUGAACCGCA